CGAGUCUUUGGAGUCACUCUUGUGGACGGACGAAAACAGAGGUUGCCCGCCGACGAUGAUGUCAUACAUCAUUCAGCGCAUGCUCUGCAAGGGGUGCUAUCGUAUGCCCAUCGUUUUAGCUUCUUCAUGUGGAAGGGCCAAAACGAUUCGAAUACGCUACCUGUGAGGGCGCGUCUUUUUAAUACACAAAAGAAAUCCUCCUUUUAAAAAUAUUCAGAUACGUGUGGAUAAGUGUGGAUAAGGUCUUAGUAUCCCUUCCCUAGUAAACAGGCGUUCUCUUAGCCUGCAGAACAGGAGUUGAUUUUUCGCGUUUUCUGCCCUUUUAAAAUUGUGUUGCACUCGUAGAAAAAAAUUCAAAAAUACCCCUGAAAUGCCCAAGAAUCUUGUUUUGUUGGCUUGGCGUAAAUUUCCUCCUCCGUUAUUUUGGUACAUUUUCAUUAGCGAUAAAGACUAUUCAGAUGACUAACUAAAAGUUCCGUUUAUAUUAGUCCUAAUAUCGUAGGAAGUCUGAAAGUUGCAGCGACAACUCUAACUGCGGUAAAUUUUAGACCUUUUCACCCUAAACGGUACCAGUUCGUAAGAUGAAACUUUAAAUUGUUUACAAGCAAAGAAUUAUCGAUCUCCUGAGCUUUUACUUUCAUGAAGUGUCAGAACAGCUUAAAACCUAUAUCCGUUACAAAUUCUCCCUUCGAAAGGGUUCUUUGGUUUGGGAUAGAGUACGCUUGAAUUUCUAACCUGUCAUAUUAGUUAAAAAAGUGACUUGUUUUUGAGGAUUUUGUUAUCUGAACAGUCCUUUUAUUAGAAAAAAGUCAUACUUAAAUGUUUAUGAGUUCCUCGAGGAUUGAAUUAAUGCUUUCGUAGCGUAAGGUAGUUUUAGUCUAACGGUCAGUUGCAUGCAGUGUAAUAAAAGGAAAACUAAAAAUACAUUACAGGUAAGGAAAUGCCUAGCAUCUAAAGAAACUACAAAAGAUCCACUAUCUGUCUUUUAGUAAUGAGAUUGUCACCAACCUACUCUGUCAUUGCCAGAAAUUAGGGACAAGAUGGCGGUUGCGCGUGCGCACUAAGGCCACAAUGGCUGCGAAUUCGUAUAAGAAAAUGUAUGGAGAUAACGAAACUUUUUCAAAUAUAUCGAUUAUAAGCUCACGGGUGUUCGGUGCCCGACUCGAAACAUGUUAAGUGCUGUGUAACCCUCGCAUCUGGGUUAAAAAUAGCUAAUUAGAAGUAGGUUUACUUACUUCCUGAUGUGGCCACUUUUAUUCCUUGUUGUACGCUCCAUUUCUCCAUACAUUGUCUUAAAAUCUUGCCGAAGUCAUGCGAAAUACUCGUCGAUUAGAGGAUAAACCCUUCACUGAAGUAAAUUUGCCCGACUCGAUAUCACUUCUGCGAUGGAAGAUGUUUCCAAAACAGUCGUUAAAAGGACGAUUUUUGCACUGCAAAAUACUUCCAAAGGCGCAUUAUUUCCCUCAGUUUUCCAUCUGUAGUCCAGUAAUGGACGCCAUGGUUGCGAAUGACACAUUUCGGUCGGACAAAGCUUCACAACUCCAAACCUCACCGAAUCGCCAUUUUGUUUGUUGCUACAACUCCAGAGAUGCUUCACGGGAUAUAAACUAGGUUCCAGGCAUUCAAAAAUCCUCGAUUAGCCUACCAGGCUUGGUUUUAAAACAAAAUUGUCACGAAAAUGUCACGAAAGGUACAUCCGCGUACUGUUUUGUUGCUAUCAGCCGCUCGGCCGCGUAUAAACCUAACAUUUUCUUGCAAGGUGUUUAAUUCCAGCUUUUUUCUUCGUAAAACAGAUCCACAGAGCUCAAAUUAUUUAAAAAAUCGCAAGGGAUACGCUUUCCCUGACUACGAUAGUUACUUGCAGCUAAAUACAGGAAUUGCACCGACCUGUGAUUGGAAGAUAAAAAUAGUAUGUCAGUGGCGAUGACGUGACAAUUCGUUACGUUAGCCGUUUCAAGAGUAAUGGUUUUUACACGAAAAAGACAGUCCACAGGAAAAUACAAUAAAAUAUUAAAUAUUUCUCAAAGACAAACGGUGCAGUAUUCUUUUGAAGUCGGCUGACUAGCUCGCUAAGAGUCAAUGUCCUAUCGAAGUUGAAGUUCAACUGUCGCAAAUCGGAUAACUUCACUGAGUGAUUCUGAGAUGAAACCUUUUGUCUGCAUCCACAUUGAUCUUAGAUUUUACCACUUACAUAUUGAAGAAAAGCCAUAAACAGAGCUUCAAUGUCCACGUACACCCGACUGAACCUCGGUGCGAUUCCUGCAGAUACCGCUGUUCAUACUAAAUGCAGGAAUUGCACCGGACGCGUUCUCGUCCCCAGAGUCACUCUAAGUUGUAACAAAAGAGCACGUGACCAAGAAAGACGGGCUCUGGGAACGAGAAUACACCGGACGCUCAUUGGUCGAAUGCGCAACUUGGCAUAAAUUAAAUAGCCGCGGGAAACUUUAAUUGAUUUUCUCGCGUUUUGAUUUUCGCUUGAUAGGACAAGACUUAGGCCACUGGAAAUAACACAUCACUUGUAUUCGAAGUUAAAUUAUACUGAAGCAGGGGUUAUAGGAUCCUGACUAAAGGUCAUCUAAACCUCGGGCUGAUUGUUCUUUGCCUUUUUUUUUCUUUUACUGCUUGACUUUACAAGUGUAACAUGCUCUCCUUGGUGAGUAUAUCGAAUCUGAAAUACCUCAGCAAUGUAAAAAUAAUGGUCACCUAAACAGCCUGGUUAAAUCCCAUCAUGUCCUUUGGAAGAAACAAAAAUCCCCUUUUCAGCAAACCGAAUAAUCAUUGCGUUUCAGCACGUAGCUGCGAGGACCAUUUGACCUGCCACAGGGGUGGGUGGGUGGGGUUGAGUUUUCGCAGAAAAAAGUCUGUGGAGAAACUAAAGACGAGUCAAUGCUUGUUUUAAGCUAAUAGAGUUACAUGUCAUGUUCACUCGCAAAAUUUAGGGAAAAGGCGGUCCACCUGUAAGAGUUUGCUGAAAUUAGCUCUUGUAUUUACACUUUGUGUACCUGUGGAUAACAUUUCUACAUUGAUUUAUAUUUUUUAUUCAUUUUUUUUUUUGGGGGGGGGGGUGGAGGGAGUUGAGGGCAGUCAAUGACUAAACACUCAUCUGAAUGAAUCUGAACUCUAUUCCAUGCAGGCUGGUGACUGGCAAAAGUGCAGUAAGCAAGUAACCUCUUCUGCCCUUACCAGCCAUACCAGGAGAGAGGCCUUUGAAUUCAAUUUACCCCCCACAAAAUCCCCUCGAAAUGCUGAUGGUGAUGUUGUUGUGUCAGAUUCUCCAAGAAUUACAACAAACCCCUUUUCAUUGAAAACAAUACCACCGUUUAGUCUGUUAACAACAUGGGAUAAGCAGCUAAGCUUCUGGCAGAAAGAAGAGAAGGGUUACUAUUAUCUGCAGCAUGGCUCCCAAUGUUUUGGCAUAUCUGAUGUUAAAGAUAUGUUAAAAGUACAUUAUGCAAGGGAUCUACAAAGGGCCGUCCAAGCAGAAUUAAACUGGUUUUCAGAACCAUACAUUAAACCACUGACUGUCCAAAUGUAUCCUCCAGAAAGUUCCAUAAAGAAAUUUCAGGAAAUUCUAUACUUGAAUCCUUUUGAUUAUAUUAUUCCAAACUAUGACAUGACAUGGCUUCUCUCUGUGUCACACGAUGGGUUUUAAGUGACCUUCUUGACAGUAUUUACACACAUAUGUACUGUUUCAUGCACUCAAAAACUGUUUAAUUUGGUUUCUGUACAUUUGAAAUCUUCUGUUUGUUUUAAAUUUGCUUUUUGUUUUGCAAAACUACUACCAGGGAUAAUCAACUUUUUGCCGGCUGUGAAAUAUAGCCCCAAGCUGUGAGCAUGAAUGUCUGGCUUUCUUAGCAUUAUAUAAAUCAUUGCCGAAAUGUUUUCUAGGUAACAGAUAUAUACGUUGGCUAGUUUAUACAUAAGCUUAAUAUAUGUAUGUUGUGGUUCAAUUUUGUCCUUGGUUUAUAUUUUCCUUUGUUUUUGUGUAUGGUAAUCUAUGAUAAUGAGUUUACAAUAAAGGAAACUAAAAUUUAAACCAAGGAUCAAAUUGAACCACAACAUAUACACUUAUAUAAACAAACUGUGUUAUUUUUCCUUUAAAUUAUUAAUAACAAACAAUAAAUGCGUUGUUCCAGGAAAUAUCCAUACUCCCUCCAAGGAUGGUAUUUUCCUUGGGAUGCCCCAAUAGAAAUACACAGAAUUUGAUCUCACUUAAUUGGUAUGUUUAUAUUGGGGGUGGAAAGUCAGUAAAUAUAGAAAUAUCCAUUUACAAAAGCCCUGCACAUACUUUACUGCUAACAGUGUUGAAGUGGACUCCUCGAGGGGUCAAAGAAAGUCUUUGGUACACUAAAUUUUCUAAUGAGCCGCCCUGUGCCUAUUGUAUAGGAAUCCCCCCACCGGCACACUAGCUACAAAGUUAAAUAAAAAGUUAUGUCACUUACACAGUUGUUCCCUGUGAUUCCCUGGUACCUCUAUUUUGUGUUCCCAAUAGAAACUUUAGCAUGAUUCAUUGCAUGCCCUCGAACAACAGUAUUAAUUUUUUUAAUACAGACCUUUGUCGCAAGACUAUAUUGAAAAGGGAUCGACGUCUUGUCGCGGUUUCAAAAAAAAAAACUCUGGGGACGAGAACGCGUCCGGUGCAAUUCCUGCAUUUAGUUUGAACAGCGGUAUCUGCAGGAAUCGCACCGAGGUUCAGUCGGGUGUACGUGGACAUUGAAGCUCUGUUUAUGGCUUUUCUUCAAUAUGUAAGUGGUAAAAUCUAAGAUCAAUGUGGAUGCAGACAAAAGGUUUCAUCUCAGAAUCACUCAGUGAAGUUAUCCGAUUUGCGACAGUUGAACUUCAACUUCGAUAGGACACUCUUAGCGAGUCAGCCGACUUCAAAAGAAUACUGCACUGUUUGUCUUUGAGAAAUAUUUAAUAUUAUAUUGUAUUUUCCUGUGGACUGUCUUUUUCGUGUAAAAACCAUUACUCUUGAAACGGCUAACGUAACGAAUUGUCACGUCAUCGUCACUGAAAUACUAUUUUUAUCUUCCAAUCACAGGUCGGUGCAAUUCCUGUAUUUAGCUGCUAGUCGAUAGUUUUUGUCCGCCAUUUUAAAAACGAGAUUCCGCUGACAAUUGAUCACGGGCGCGAAAUGUCCACGAUUUCUGGCAAUGAUUUGUGCUGAUAAAGCUAAAACAAUUUUUCGUUGAACGCGGUGGAAAAAGUGUAUUCUUUAUGGACUUUAUGUGGUCUUCAAGUGAAAACCACUGUAAGUAACCGGUCAAAAUGACUGGAGAUUUUGCCUGGAAAAAUUGUCAUCUUCACCAGACAAGUUUAGUUAUAACUUUUGCAGGCAGCUUUUAAGACAGAUUCAGAAAAAAUCUUUUGGCUCCUCAGUUGCAGGUAAAUUUUUGAGUAAGAACAUAAAGGUGGAACAUGACUUCAUUCAAGUCGAUGCCUUGACGUCAUGGGGUCAGACGAAGAGUGACGUGCACAUGCACGUGUUUCCAAAAAAGGAGGUGCUUGAAAGGCAGCAGAAACCUGGUGGUAUUCCGCUGAAUAUUGCGCUGAUUAUGUUCGACUCCACGUCAGCGGCUAACUUUAGGAGAAAAAUGCCAAACAGCUUGGAAUAUUUGACAGAUGAUCUGAAUUCAUUGUUGAUGCGAGGUGAGGAUAUUUUCUACGACAUUAACCUCCAUAGGGGUAGUAACGGGGUUUAAUUGUGCUGGAAAUACUUAACUAGGAUGGAUACGAGAAAUAUAUACAUAUCUCAUGACAGCUGCAGGGUUUUUGGUAUCAUGUGGAUGUACCCGGAUGCAGAGGUUCAGCUAAACUUAAAGAAGAAGCAAAUGCGAAAACUACCAGAGUUUCUGCAGAUUCAUAUAUUGUUUUAUAACUACCACACUCUCUAAGAGCCCAUUACCCGUUUCCCAUUACGAGCGGUUGCUGCUCAGCUGCUGCUACUUCCACUAGCACUACUACCACUGCUGCUAUUGCUACUGCUAUUACUUCUGUUGCUGUUACUACGAUUAGUACUGGCACUACUGCUGCAGCAACUCUAUACUCUUCUGCUGCUGUUGCUGCCGCUACUGCUAAUUCUGCUGCUACUGCUACUAACACUACAACUGCUGCUACUCGUCCGCUACUGCUGCUGCUACUGAUCAUAAUGGUGUUGUUUCUGCUGUUGAUGCUGGUGUUGUUGCUGCGUCUGAUGGAGGUACUGUUUUUGAUGCUGAUAUUUCUGAUAUUUUUGCGAGCUUAUAUACUGUUAAUGAUUGUGCUGGUGCAGUUACUGGGAAUUCUGCUGCUGCUGCAGGCGCCCGCUGGUGCGGAUUCUGCUGCUGGUGCCAGGGCAUUAGUUGAUACAUAAUGAUUUUUUCGUGCUUAUUGUGUCUACAAAAUGUCAUGACAAUUGUAAUGUAGUGCCCUGUUUUACAAAUUUAAAGGUCAAACAAUUGUUGGCGAUGGUACCACAGCUCAGCUGGCCGCUCUUUUGACUGGAAUUGCAGAAAAAGACCAACCGGAGGCGAAAAAAGAUAUGGGAAAUGCAGCCAGCCCUGUUGACAUAUGGCGAUGGAUAUUCAAGGAUUUCAAGCAAAAGGGAUAUGCAACAAUGUUCUCGGAAGACUCACCUCAUUUCGCUUCGUUCAAUUAUCGCCUGAAGGGCUUCAAAGAUCCCCCAACAGAUCAUUUUGCACGACCAUUCUGGAUGGCAGCGGAGGAUCUGGGAUGGACGGAAUAUUGCAUUAACAGUAGGGCAUCUCAUAAAGUUUCGUUUGAAUAUCUGUUGAGUUAUUUCCGAGCUUACAAGAACAUCCCGAAAUUCUCCUUAGUCACACAUGCUGUCAUAUCACAUGACAGUUUAAAUUCUAUUGGCUAUGCCGAUGAUGAUUUCAAGAAUUUUCUGCAGCAGAUGAAUAAGGAAUCAUUCCUUAACAACACGUUUCUUGUCAUUUUUGGAGACCAUGGAUCACGCUAUUCAAAAGCAAGGCAGACCAUCCAAGGAAAACUUGAGGAACGGCUUCCAUUUCUAUCAAUCACAACACCAAAAUGGUUUCGAGAACAGUACCCGAAGCUCUAUAACAACCUUGUACAUAAUUCAGGUGUUCUUACUACACCGUUUGAUCUGUACGCUACCCUUCGUCACAUAACCACGUACCCCGACUAUCCAAGUGGGAUUACAACCGGUCAAAGCCUGUUUAACCGGAUUGACGAGGGAAGUCGCACUUGCGCCAUGGCAGGUGUUGAGGAGCACUGGUGUCCUUGUCUUAAUUUGGAGGAAAUUUCGGUGAAUGAACCUGUUAUUGGGCUAUUGGCGGAGUUUGUAGUGAAUCAUAUGAAUAAAUUGCUUUCACAAAACCCCAAAGUAGCAAAACUGUGUCAAAAGCUUGUUUUGAAAGACGUGAAAAGCGCUUUCCGUGACAUGCCUAGUGAAACACUACAGUUUUUCAAGAAAUCUAAACCUGACGAGAUAUGCGAUUCCUGCGGACUUGAGUAUGGAGGCAAAUCAAAGAACACGCUUGUUUUGGAUACUCUCUAUCAGUUACAAUUAGUCACAUUUCCAAAUGAUGGAUUUUACGAGGCAUCAGUUAGAAUGAAAAAAGGUAGUCCUUCACUUGUUGGUGAAAUCAGUCGUUUGGACGCCUAUAAAGACCAGAUCUUCUGUCUUCAAGAUUUAUACCCUGGUGCACGUAAAUAUUGCUAUUGUUAUUAGAAUCCUCAGUAGGAACGUUUUUCAUUGGUGUAUUGGCGAGAUAGACCACAUUCUGUUACUGCGAGCUUUUUCCAAAUGCAGUGGAAAUUGAGUAUUGCCUUCCAGUCGGGCAACUAAUCCAGCCGAUCAAAUUAUGUCUUUUGAAAGAUUCAGCUGGACAAAGAAGAAGAAUGGUAACGAGAGUGGAGUGGGAACUCGCCGCGAUGGACGACUAAGAUCG